CAGUAGCUCCAUGCGCAAGAAGUGGCGCGAGAAUUUCCCACAGGGCCCACAUAUCACAUGUAUGUGUUGUGACAAUUUGCAUAGAUAAAAGAUAAAUCGAUUGUAUUUAAUCUAUUAUUGGUCAAUCGUUGUCGGCUGAUCAGAAUCUAGUUAUCUUAACUCCAGAGUCGCUUAACUGAUUUGAACCAAUUGACAAUGAGUCAAGUUUCAGUGCAACCAUCGGCAGUUGAUUCAACGAACGCAAAGAGACAGAAGCUGUGUGACGAGACGAAACAAUCGGGAAGUAUGACUACAAACGGACAAACCAACGGAGCAGGAGGGGAGUGGUUCGGAAGUGAACCGCUGGCGACCAAUGACCCGGCAAUCGCAGAAAUCAUCGUCAAGGAGAAACAGAGACAGAAGUGUGGGCUGGAACUGAUUGCCUCAGAGAACUUCACAAGCCGUGCUGUGCUGGAGACACUUGGAUCGUGUCUUCAGAACAAAUACUGUGAGGGUUAUCCAGGAAAGAGGUACUAUGGAGGCACCCAACACUUUGACGAGUUGGAAAACCUAUGUAUAAAGCGUGCACAGGAGGCCUACCGCUUAGACCCCGCAGAAUGGGGCGUCAACGUCCAACCCUACUCUGGAUCGCCAGCGAACUUUGCAGUGUACACCGCCCUCAUUGGGCCCCACGGUCGCAUCAUGGGGUUGGACCUGCCGGACGGUGGUCAUCUGACCCACGGGUUCAUGACCAGUAAGAAGAAGAUUUCGGCAACUUCCAUGUACUUUGAGUCCAUGCCAUACAAGGUGGACCCCGCCACGGGUUUGAUCGACAUGGAUCGCUUGGAGGAGAACGCUAAAUUGUUUCAUCCACAAAUGAUUAUUGCAGGCAUCAGCUGUUAUUCACGUAACCUGGACUAUGCUAGAUUCCGUAAGAUCGCCGAUCAGCACGGAGCAUACCUGAUGGCUGAUAUGGCUCAUAUCAGCGGACUCGUUGCCGCCGAGGUUGUUAACAAUCCCUUCGAGCACUGUGACAUCGUCACCAGUACGACCCACAAGACACUGCGUGGACCCAGGUCUGGCAUCAUCUUCUUCCGCAGAGGACUCCGUAACACGCUCAAGAAUGGUACACAAGUGAUGUAUGACAUAGAGAGGCCAAUCAAUGAAGCAGUCUUCCCAGGUCUGCAAGGCGGCCCUCACAUGCACGCUGUAGCUGGUGUUGCCGUUGCUCUUAAACAGACUAUGAAUCCAGAGUUCAAGCAGUACGCAGCCAAUGUCAUCCAAAAUGCCCAGGUCAUGUGCAAGAAACUUGUAGAACUUGGGUACAAGAUUGUCACAGGUGGCACUGACAACCAUCUUCUCUUGGUUGACCUCCGACCUACCCAAGUGGGAGGAGCUCGCUGUGAGAAAAUUCUUGAGGACAUUUCAGUGGUGUGCAAUAAGAACACGUGUCCAGGAGACCUGAGCGCUUUGAAGCCAAGCGGCUUACGCUUUGGAACUGCCGCCCUGACUUCUCGUAAUUUGACCGCUGAGGACUUUGAGAAGGUGGUGGACUUCAUUGACAAGGGCAUCAAGCUGACCAAGGAAAUUGAGCCACUCUGCGGACCUACCUUGAAGGAGUUCCGUGAGAUGGUGGCCACCAACAAGGAGGUCCAAGCCAAGAUUACCGUCUUGAGAGAAGAAGUCGAAGACUUUGCCAGCAAGUUCCCUCUGCCUGGAUUUCAGUAAGCUGCGCUCUGGCAAACUCCACAACGGUAACCACCCCAAAGAUGUCCGUUUGUAAAACAAAAUUGGAGGAAGUUUAAAACGUCAUUUAUUCAUCCUCAGAGAGGAAAUAAGAGAGAAGAAAAUUUCAAUGCAAAGUAAUGUAAAUUUAAAAGUUUGGUUCAUUGGAUUGACUCGUUUUUUGUAACAUAUUGAGCAUAAUCCACAUGGCUUAAUUUUGUAACACUUGUAUUAAGUACUAACAUUUAUGUGUUAUCAUGAACAUUUAUGUGUUAUCAUGAACAUUCUCUCUUAACAGUGGUCCACUAGCCACAUUGGAUCAGGAACAAAACACCUGAGGUUCUGGGCUUGGUUUCACAAAGCGCGCUAAGAUUAAUUUUAAAAUGUGUAUCAAACUUACUUGCUUAGCAAAGUGUGAUCAAAAUAAUAUGAUAUAUGGACCAGUGAAAGGACAAGCAAACUGGUCCCGCUAGCUUGUCACUGAAAAAAAGUAAUGGCAAACCCUGUCAUGCUAAGCAGAAGCAGGUUCAUGCCAUUAAUGCCUGGUAACCCACAUUAUUGACACUGAUGUCAUGCUGAUUUUUUAGCUAAGCAACAUUUUCUGCUUACUAGCAUUAUGUAAUUGAGCCCAGGAAUGAAAUCUCAUGUGUGCCACGCUUAAUAUGUGUGUGUUUCCAUUGUUUCAUCUUUCAUUGUCCUAAGAUGACAGCUGGACUUUGUCUGUUGCUGCCUCUGUAUCAUUUUGUUGCAUUGGAGAUUCCUGUGCCUUAAUCUUCAUGCAUUUUGCAGCGUGCAGCUAUUUUAUUAACAAACAAAAAAAAAUUAAAUUAAACCAUGCAGUGUGUAAUUUAAUAUCUUCUUAAGUCAAACAUACUGAACAGUACGUAUUCUUUAAACAGUACUGUGACCCUAAGUUUACACAAUUUAAGUCAUGGUGUGGACAAGGUAUGGAAAUUUUCACUUUUGGUUAAGUUUCACUUCAUUUUAUCAGAACCAUGUGAUAUUAUUGAGCGCUGGUCUAGCCAAACUGAGGCUAGUAGACAAAAAUAGUUUGGCCCCUGUUGUGAAAUGAAAAUUAGUAUUCAUUAUUGCUGUUGCAUACAGGGGACAUGACCAAUAUGGUAAUCUGAAUUAUCUUGCACAGCCUUACAAAUUUGAAUUCAUUUUCAUUUCAUUUGUUAUUCAGUUGAAUUAUCACAAAAAUGCUUUGUUUGAUUCAGUUAAGAUAGUUAAAUUUGUAACAAUUUUCCAUUUCCUAAAGAAAUCAUUUAAUCUACUGAAAAAAAUCUUAAAAAUCAUCGAUGUGAAGGUCACAAAUUUAAAUAUGAAUUCGUCCAAAACUUAAAACUUUGUUUAUUUAUUUAAGAAUUGGCUGCAUAUUCACUUUUCAUUCUUAACUUGCCCGGUGCAGUGUAUAACUAUUUCUAUGGUGUCACUUGUUUCAAAAGGUUAACAAAAUUGUUUGCAUUAUUGUAGAACAGAAAAUUAUGGGCUCGAUUGUUGGACAAAAUAAAAGCUGUAAUUUGCAAGGUUGUGAAACACCCAAA